CGCCCCUUAAGAGGCGGGGAAUAACGUUUCUAUCGUUCGUUAGAAUACAAACUCAGUCUCAUAGGGGAUUUUGGGUUGGACUCAGAGAGACUUGUGUCCCGUCAUUUUAACACACAGACUCGCCAAUUUCGCGAUUUUCUCAUCAUGGCUUUGGACGGAUGCGGCGUUGUUUGCAAAUGUCUGCUUUACAUCUUCAACCUAAUUUUUGGGAUCCUGGGCAUCGCCAUGUUGGGUCUGGGCCUGUGGCUGAGGUUCAGUGAGAACACCAGACCAAUUUUCGAAAUGAACGCCUUUGACUCCACAACAUUUGUAAUCGGUGUGAUUGUACUGAUCGUGCUUGGAGUAGUAAUGUUGUUCGUAGUUUCGGUUGGAGAGCAUGCAGUCUGCUACGAGAAGAAAUGCGCUCUCCAUGCGUUCGCUGUGCUCUUGUUCAUCCUGGCGGCUGCGGAAAUUACUGUUGGAGUGCUUGCUUAUUCCUCAAGGGAAGAGGUUGGAAAGAAGGUUGCGGAGUUCUACAAUAGCAUCUACACUCUGUUUGUUGCCCGUAAAGAUGUUGGCAUUGGUGUUACACUAGUUUUCAUCCAUCAAAUGCUUCAUUGCUGUGGUGUGACUGGGAUAGCAUUGUUGGAAAUUGUUAAAGAGACUUGCCCUGCGCCACAAGGGGUCUUGGAGACGUUAUUAAUGCCUACAUGUCCCGGAGUCAUCACUGAUUUCUUCAACAACAAUGCACCGAUGGUGAUGGCCACCUUUAUUGGAAUUGGAAUGUCUUUGAUCAUUGCGCUGAUAUGCAGCAUGAUCCUCAUUCACAAGCUUAAUGUUUUCAGCUCAUCUUCUCAUUACAUCAUCUUGACCAACACUGCUCCUUCACUGUCUAACGUGUCGCAGCUUGAACUUGUCUCCGAGCCUGAUCAAGAACCAGUUAUUUUUACUCCUCUCACUGCAGUCAACAUCCCAGUAGUCCAGGCCUAAUGAUUGCCCUGGUUUGCACCAUUGUCCUCCUGAAACAAAUCAAGACAGGGGCUUCUCGCUAUUCCUACUAGGUGGAGGAUUCCCAUUUCAGCCAUGGCUCAUCAUCAGACCAUCAUUACCACGUUUUUUUCUCUUAAGCUAAUGACACCAAUACAUUUACAGUACAUGCUGAAUUAUUUGCUUUAAACCAUGAAUUCCGGUUAAAUGCAGUGUAUGGAAAAUGUGAAAUGAGCACAACAGGUAAGUAUUAUAAUCAGUCCCGGAGUGGCCAAUUGGGAGGACCGGGACACUUCGCAGUGGGCCGGCUUGACGUUUGGGCCGGUUUAAUAUACAUUUUCAAUGAAGCUUUCAGAUAAACUCGUUAAUAACGGCAUUAACGCAACCCCCCCUUUGCGCGAUAAAUUAUGGCCCAUCCAGCAUCCCGUACUGUAUCAUCCUGUUGACUUGAUCCUUGUCAAAAGUUAAUUUUUGGUUUUAAUGGCCAAAAUGAGGCACGUUGAAGAAGUGUGACAAGCAUGAACACGUCUGGGUUAUUGGUGCGACCCAUUAUGGUUGUUUUCGAGCAUGUUUGGAUGAAAGUACAGCGAUGAACCUACCGGCGUGUUGGAUGUUCGAACUAUAUAAGUGCUUUGGGAGACAGUCGUUUUGGUGAGUUCAAUCAUUUUAUCUUUCAUAUUUCAAUUUUUGGGGGAAUUUUAUGUCAAAUAAAAUGAAACCACUGAUAACCAAUGAUAAAGUACUAGGGGUAUUCAAAAAGUAAUGCACCCAACUUUAUUAUGUACAAACAAAUUAUAAUAGCAACAUGUAUUAUACAUCAAAAGAAAGGUACAAGUGUGAGGAUUACAUUUUUACUUCUCCACAGUCUCCACCAAGAGCUAGUCCACCUAUGAACGAGGGCAUGUAUAUCAGUGUUGUAGAACUCAGCCGGUUGAUCUCUAAGCCAAUUCUUGACAGUUUUCACUUCGUCGUCAUUGCCAUAUCAGUUGCCCCGGAGUCCCUUCUUUCAUUGGACCAAAGAAGUGGUGGUCUGACGGUGCCAAAUCAGGAGAAUAUGGUGGAUGUGGUAUGACAGUCCAUCCAAAUGAAGUGAUGACCUCCAUGGUCCUGAUGCUUGUGUGAGGACGUGCAUUGUCAUGCUGGACAUUUGCCAUGUCCAAGUUGGGCCGAACACAUCGAAUUCUUGCUUUGAGCUUCCUAAGAGUGUCAAUGUAUACCUCAGGAUUAAUGGUUUCAAUUCGGCAAAAAAUCUGCAAGGAUUACACCUUGAGAAUCCCAAAAAACGGUGGCCAUAGUUUUGCCAGCUGACUUUUGGGCCUUUAACUUUUUGACGAGCUUUAAGAGGAGCAGCCAUUUUGGAACCUAGUUUAAGCUUUAAAAAUCUGAAAAUAAGAAAACACAUAUAACAAUAGCAAAUAUAAACAAGAUUGGUAAAAUCCUGGACGAGCAAUGCACUUGAUUGCAUUACUUUUCGAAUGCCCCUCGUAUAUACAGUACUAACCCAAAAAUUUGAAUAUCAAGUAAAUUUUGUUUUAUUUUGGCUAAUUUAACAUAAAAGAUUAAACCAACAAAAUUGUGUAUGUCAAUUUGCAUGUAAUGGCUUGUCUCAAGCAGUUCCUCUUAACUUUUCUGAUUCUGAAGUUUUUUUAUCUUAUAACCAGAAACUUAAAAAAAAAAAAAAAAGAAUACCGUGAAAAGCUUCAGUUUUGUACAUACACUUGCCACAGGUGUAAUUCAAAACACCUGCAAAUGGUUCCCGAGCCUAUAAAAAGUCAGUCUAAUAUAUAAGAUAAAUUUAUUGAUAGUACCACCAAAAUAAAACGGUAACUCCACGUAGAACCUGUGCUUGAGUCCUUGAUCUCAGAACAGUCAUGCUAACCACACUUCCUCCGUGCCUCCCUUUUUAGAAGUUAUUUGGGGAAAAAUUCAUGUUAAAUUCGUCUUUACAAGUGUAAAAUAAAACCUUUGUUUCUAAUGAGGCUUACAUUUGAUGUAAGGUAAGCACAUUGGUCAACUCCUUUGCUAAUAUGUGUAUUUAAAAAUAAAAAUAUAUGUAUAUAAAAAAAAUAAAAAAUUCCACUAAUCACAAGUUUACAAUUUACAGCAUGCGAUUAACCCCGAUUAAAAAAUUUAAUCGCUUGACAGCACGAUUAUUAUUACAAUAUUUCAAUAUGGUAGGUCAUGAUAUAAAGUAGGCCGGUCUGUGGCACGAAAGUCCCGGGCUGAAAAUGAGUCCCACUCCGGCCCUGAUUAUAAGGGACGCAUUAUUUUAACUUCUUACAUUGGUAAUGUUUUGGUGUUGGUGAAGACUUGUUUAGUAACUUCAAAUAUUAAGUACCAAUUAUUGGGUUUUUGUGAAGGUUAGAUUUGGGGCAACAACAAACUUAGUGACAACUGCUGUUUUUCUUUUUUAUAUUCUUCUUUUGGAACUUGCUUAUGUACUGUAUAGUUAUAGCCUUGCUUUUCUAAAAAAUAAAACUUUUGUCAUACUA